AUGUAUACAGAGAGGUACAAAAGACAUGUACAGCUGCCAAAUGAUCUCUCGCGAGAGGUUGAAUCCGCCUCUGCGUCUCCCGGUCAAGAGAGUCUGUCCUGCGAUCAGUUCGCGUCAAUUCGGUUGUCAGAAUUGGUCAAAUCCGGUUCAGAUGAACUAGCAUAUUUUGUCAUCAUCGAAAGCGAACCAAAGACCAAAAAAUAUUGCCGGCACGAAGAAGAGAAAGGUGAUCAGAUAAAAUAUUCCGGCCAGAUUGAACCAAGUGUGCGAAACCCUGAAUGCCUUGGAACGAUAGAUCAAAUUGGCCGAGUAGGGCGACCGGCCGAAACGGGACUCGAUGCAGUCGAACAACUCCAAUUGGCCGAAGACGAAGAGAGCGAGCGCAAAGAAGAUGCCCAUCUCGAGGGCGAUCAUGGAGAGGACGAAGAGGCGACGCAGUAUGAUGAUGCUGGGCAGGAAGCUGACCAUGAGGAGGAGAGAGGAGAGGUGCACAAUCCUCGACAACUUGACCAGAAUCGGCCCUCUCGGCGAGUACUUGUGGCAAUAUUGGAUGAACAUCUGCAGCAUCUUCAGAUCGCUGUCCUGGUAUUUGUAGUUCGGCUCAUUGGCAUUCCACCAAUCCCCGUAGAAACCGAUGAUGUGGCUGUAAUGCCGCCUCUCCAGACUCGCCUCCGGCCACCAUUGGUGCUGUUGACCGGUACCAGCCUCCAAAGUGCUGUUCUUCGCCAGCACGAAGUUUCGCCUACAGACGGUGUCCUCCAGGAGGGCCGUGAAGAGGCAGACCUUGAUGCACCACUCGGCCAGAAUGUAGACGAUGAAGAGCGCCUGCUUUCGAGUCGACAAAGUUAUCCACCAAUCCGGCCAGAUCAGAUGCGGAGGCGAUUUCUUGCCCAUUUCGGCCGAGUCAAAGUUUCACUGUUGCACCGUUUGGCCAAGACGCCUCGCCUCCGACUGCCUCAGAUGGCAGGAGCGCACAAACACCGCCGCUGCGUCCGAUCGAGGAGAACGUUUGAACCGGAACCGGAUCAAUCCUCACCUUUGGCCCAGCCGAGACCGACAAACGGCCGACCCAUGAGCCCGGCGGUCAAACGCACUACUCGGCAUACUACUUACUUCGCAUUUUCGAAUUAA